AUGUCCGAGAAAGCGGCGGAGCCUUUGGCUCCUCGGAAAGACCCUGUUCAGACGGCGGCUGUAGUUGAUGAGCUGAACGCGGAGAUCGGUGGGGACAUGAGGCAGAUUUCGAGAGCGAAACAGUACCAUGAGAGUCUGCAAGCGAAAAAGAAGAGUCUCGAGCUCAAGAUGCGACAAGUUAAGGAGAACGGACAGGCUGAUCCCGAGCAAGUGAAAGGAUUGCUGAACUUCGCGAGAGACUCCUUGGCGAAGAUGGAGCUGCUGGAGGACGUUCACUGCCGAAUUUUGAACGAUGUGUCGACGCACCUCGAAAGCGCAAGUCAAGUCAAACAGGAGUUUGACACCUCCCUGGCUGACAUACAGCGUUUAUUGAGGUUACGGCAAUAUCUACAGUGGAUAGCCAAGCUCGAGGACAUCAGUCAAUAUAUCGAAGAGGCCGUCGAACGGGCCGAUGACGGUUCCGCGAUAGCUCACUUAGCGCUUCUGGUAGACGCGUGGUUGAAAUUGAAAACUUCGGAAUGCCAUCAUUUGAUGUCUUUCCUCAAGAAGACGAUCAUCUAUUGGCAGAAUCUCCUGAAAGAAAAAUUCGAAAAAGAGUUCGAUCGAGUCCUUUCGUCGCUCGGAUGGCCUCUGAUCAACUCAACGGUAGCCGCGAACCUGAGCUGCACCCCAGAUACGUUCGCCAUGUUCGAAACAGCUUUCCUGAACCUCUACAAAAUUCAACUGCCGCACGAACUUCUCAUGCAAGAAAAUCAAGCACCUUCAGCUAACGGGACAUUGUUGCCCAUCGAGAUGAUGGUGAAACCGCUGAAAAAGAGAUUCCUGUUCCAUUUCGUUAGCAAACGCCAGACGAAUCGGGUGGACAAACCCGAGUGGUACCUCACCCAAACCCUAACUUGGAUCCAGGAUCAUUCUGUGUUUUGUGAAAAAUUCGUGCAACCGAUUUUAGCGAAGCACAAUAUCGAAGGAAUCCACGCUACGCUGGAGCUGAUGCGGAGUUUAGUUCAAACUGCGAUUGCCAAACUGGAAGUUGAUCUCCCGUUGCUACUGGCGGAAGACAAUGAGCUGCUGUUGACCCAUACAAUAGAGGAGGUCCUUCUGUUCCACGCUGAGCUCAGGAAUUUCGGUUAUCCCGCGCAGUUCCCUUGUAUAUUGAACGCUCUCACCACGGAUAGAUGUUUCAUCAGGUGGAUCGCUCUCGAGAAGAAGUUUGCCGAUGAGAAACGCGACAAGCUUCUGAGUUCCCCUUCGGCGUGGACCUGCCCUUACUCGCUAGAAUCAGACAUCGAGUCGGAUCUAGAGGACACGCUGAAGGUGCCCGAGUGUGCCGAGGGCUUCAUGAUGUUACUGAGCUCAAUGACUGAGCGCUAUCGCCACCUGGAGAAUCCGGAACAUGCCUUAAAGUUUUUAUCGCUACAGCAAAUUCUCUUAGAAGACUUCAGAGUGUGUCUGCUACAGAUUUUCAACUCGAGGAUGGAAGGCGGCAGUCUGUACGACGUCUGUCCGAUACUGAACGCCGCUCACUACGUCGUGUUCGUGCUCAAUGAAUGGAGCAAUCAACCCUUCUUCAUUAAUCUUCUCGAAGUUUGUAACAAAUUGGAACGACGUCGAGCUUCCACCCAGCAGAGUUUAUGUUCGAGCGACGUCACUGAACCGACGUCGCCAGACUCCGACACGCCUUCAACCGUAGUCAACGCCAAUCAGGCUUCGACGGAAGAAAGCGUCUUCGAACAGGUUACGGAUCUCUUGGAGAAAUUGUACAAGGAUGCGAUCUUGACAAUGGUCGACUGUUUACUGUCCGACAUAAAGAUCAAAUGUCGGGCCUAUCACCGAGAAAAAUGGUUCUGUAUGCCGGCGGCCACCCGGGACGAACCCCUAGCAUUGACUCCAACGGCGUUUCCGAUGCUGUCUCUUCUCCAAUGUCAUCUGUCGCGUCUGCACGCGGCACUGGCCGCACCUCUCUUCGCGAUGCUCUGGCAGGGUUUGGCGCGAGGCUUGUCGUUGUACAUCUACGAGGACAUAAUACUGGAAAACUAUUUCUCGGAGGGGGGCGCCCAACAAUUGGGUUUCGAUCUCGAACGGAAUCUGUUCCCCCUGUUCAGUCCGUAUUCAGAAACGCCGGAGAACUUCUUCAAAGAAGUCAAAGAAGCCUGUACUCUCUUGAAUAUGCCGCGUGCUGUCGCAUGGAUCCUCCAAGAAACGUUGAAAUCUGCUAGAUUGACCGACGUUGUUCAGGGGAGCGCUGCCCUCGAAGAACAAGGAGUUUUCAAUUUGUCUCCGUCACAAGCGAUGCAUGUUUUAUCGAAACGCAAUGAUCUCUCAUCGACGUCGGCUUAGAGCGUCGACUACGUGCGACGGUGCGGAGUUGUCCAAAAAAAGUUGAAUGAGCUGAAAG